GCUUCCUUAUUUCUUGGGAUUCGUUUGACCCAGCCCUUUGAUCCCCGAGUCGUCUUUGAAGCCUUAGAUCCUGGCAAAAAUAUUCAAUUCUGGUUCAUACUCCCUUAUAUCGGGGCUCUUCUUCUUGGCUGGAAUCAUUUCCCGUUUUACUCCAUCAAUUGUAAAGCCCUAAGACCCAUCACCAACAUCGUUUACCCCUGUCACACCACCACUCACACCACCACUGAACCACCAUCGCUGCUCUAUCCUCUCCGUGUCUCUCUAAAAAAAGCCCUAAACCCCUUAUCUCCCUCUUUCUCGGCCGGUCCAGAUAAACGAUAUGCGUCUGCCUCCUUCCGCAUUGGCAUCUACCUUGUCAAGCACGUUCAAACGAGAUGUCCUUGCUCAUUUCACACCCACCCUAAUUUUGCAAUCCACCUUUUUGCAAUAUGUCAUUGAAGCCGAGUAUUCGAUAUUGGAGAAGGUAGUCAGUCUUGAUCUUGAUCUGAUGAAGGGGGCUUAUGUUUUCCAUCUUUCUUUGUUGCUCAAAUAUUAUUUGAAGGUACUGAAAUGUACUGAAAUGGCUGUUAACAGUGUGUGCAUGUAGACUCUUAAAGGUUUUUAUUCAAUUGAUUUUUGUUUCUAAAGGUUAUCAUGUGAGGUAAGUUGAGGUUUUUCUUUUUAAUUUUGAAGGCUUUUGCUUUUGAGUCAAAUGCAACCCAUGUUUUGAUUCUAAAAGCUUUUGUUUGUUUUACAUUCUAAGGUAAAGUUGAGG